ACUUGCUCGGACCAUAGUUUGCUUUCGUCAACAGCAGGACACUGGCCAGGGACGACGAAGUCUGGGAUCUUGUCAGCAGCGACGGCGGCCACGAGGACCAGCAGGAAGGAGAGUAACUUCAUGGUGUGAGUCUGGAUAUAAGGAAGGGCAUGGGACCAGCAUCAUCAGUGUAAGAGUAUCGUGCACAAUGUUCACUACAGUCUUCAUUGCCGCUCUCGUGGCCUGUGUUGCUGCAGACGGAAUUCCUAGUUUUGUCACACCUGGAAAAUGUGCCUCAGUGUCUAACCAGGAUAACUUCGACCUCAGGAGGUAUGCUGGACGUUGGUACCAGACCCACAUCAUAGAGAACCCCUACCAGCCGUACACUCGUUGCAUCAACUCUAACUAUGAAUAUUCCGAGAGUGACUAUGGCUUCAAGGUGACCACCGCUGGUUUCACUCCCAGCGACGAAUACGUUAAGAUUGAUUUCAAGGUCUACCCAACUAAGGAGUUCCCAGCAGCUCACAUGCUCAUUGAUGCUCCCUCAGUAUUCGCGUCACCUUACGAGGUCAUCGAGACUGACUACGACACUUACUCCUGCGUCUACUCCUGCAUCACCACCGACAAGUACAAGUCAGAAUUCGGCUUCGUGUUCUCUCGUACUCCCCAGAACUCAGGACCUGCUGUCGAGAAGUGUGCCGCUGUCUUCAACAAGAACGGUGUUGAAUUCUCGAAGUUCGUUGUUGUCCCACAAACUGCUCAGUGUGUCUACAGAGCUUAAGUCCAUAUUUGAAGAUUAUGAGUUAUUUUCACCUCUGUCAUCUUAUCAAAGACUUCUUUUUUCUCAGUCUUUAAACAAUAGAUAUAUGUUCAACAAGGCUAAUUAUGAGAAAUUAGACUCAUGUUCAACACCUGGUUAUCGUUAUUUGAAGACGUUUAGAUAACUUGUAACUUUAUCAGUUCAAUAUAUGAAUGAUAUGCGACAACCGUAAAUAAGGUAAGACUGGUAUACAGUAUUUGAACAAUUUUGAGC